GCAGACCGCAAAACAAAAAUAGCAUUAUGAGGAACAAGUGCAAUGCAUUGACCAAUGAAGACGAGGUUUAGUACAAACCCACACCUCACUGUGUUCUUCCCUUCUUCUGCCUUUGCUUAGCCUUUGUUUACUCACUCACUUCAACUCAAUUAUAAAAACCCAUCAUCGCUCUCACUUUCUUCCCUUUUCUUUUCACCUCUCUUCAACUUCCACAAUCCAUUCCUACCUUCAUCUUCUUCCUUCCCAUACCCUUUGGGAUUUUACAGAGAACAAGUGAUGAUAUCAAGGCGGCAUAACUAAAAAGCCUUUCUUUCGUCUUAUGGCAUGUCUCAGGAGGAAGAAGCACUGCGUGCAACCCCAACAGCGCGUUUUUCUCUCAAUUCCCAAAUUUAUCGCCAGAUAAACCCCACAUCUCUCAUUUCUUUCCCACUCCAUGACAAUCUUUCGCUUCUUCUGCCCCUUCUUUAUACUCUUCUUCACACAAACAGGUUACGUGCAAGCGUUCACCGGGACCUAUGGUAUAAAUUACGGGAGGAUUGCAAAUAAUAUUCCCUCACCUGAUGACGUUGUUACUCUUCUUAGAGCAGCAAAAAUAAGGAACGUUAGAAUCUAUGAUGCUGAUCACAGUGUUCUCCAAGCAUUUAGUGGAACUGGGCUUGAAAUUGUAGUGGGACUUCCAAACGGGCAGCUGCAAAACAUGAGUUCGAGUGCAGACCAUGCUUUGAGCUGGGUAAAAGAAAAUGUACAGACGUUUCUUCCUAACACACGAAUUCGUGGAAUUGCAGUAGGCAACGAGGUUUUGGGUGGGGAUGACUUUUCGCUGUGGGGAGUUCUUUUGGGUGCUGUUAAAAAUAUUUACAAUGCCACUAAGAAGCUUAAUUUGGAUAAACUGGUUCAGAUUUCUACUGCAAACUCAUUUGCAGUUUUUGCGACUUCCUACCCUCCCUCCUCAUGUAAAUUUAAUGAUAAUGUUAGUCAGUAUAUGAAGCCUCUAUUGGAGUUUUUCCAACAGAUUGGCUCUCCUUUCUGUUUGAACGCUUACCCUUUCUUAGCCUACGCAAGUGACCCUGAACAUAUUGAUAUAAAUUAUGCACUUUUUGAACCUACAGAGGGAAUUUAUGAUCCCACAUAUCGUCUGCAUUAUGAUAACAUGCUCGAUGCUCAGAUUGAUGCAGCAUAUGCAGCUUUGGAGAAUGCUGGAUUUCACAAAAUGGAAGUUAUAGUUACUGAGACUGGCUGGGCCUCAAACGGAGAUCAAAGUGAAGCUGGAGCAAAUGUAACUAAUGCAAGGACAUACAAUUAUAAUCUGCGGAAAAGGCUUGCGAAGAGGAAAGGAACCCCACACAGGCCUAAAAAUAUUGUGAAGGCAUACAUUUUUGCAUUGUUCAAUGAGAAUGAGAAGGGGGGGCAUUUAUCUGAGAGGAACUAUGGACUGUUCAAGGCUGAUGGGAGUAUAUCAUAUAACAUUGGUUAUCAUGGACUCAGUGCUGGACAUUCGUCUCUUUUGUCUCUUAAGAGUAUCUGUAAUGAAGGUUUGUCCUGGUCCUACACGAUGGUAUUCUGUUUAUCUUCUUUGAUAUUGCUGAUUUGCUGGAGUUAGAGAUCUUAUGUUACCAACCUGCUCAGCAUACCAGUUCCUGCCAAUGAAAUGGGUUUGACUUUGCUCUAUUUCAUGCCUCACCAUAGAUCCAAAUUAUACCAUUGAUUGUCAUAUUUCAUAAAGCGAUAUCUAGAAAUUCUGAUGUUCCCCCAUAUUCAGCAAAUCUGUAAUUAUUUCACUUGAGAAAGCAUUUCCUUCCUUUGAUGAGAACUAGAUUUUUCACUUUUUACUAAUAUAUUUUAAAUUUUGGA